AUGCGCAAUAUUGCCGAGGGAGGUUGGGACAGAAUAGAGUCUCCUGUUCCGCAGGGGUCCGACUUGCGGGGCCACAUGACAGAGAAUGGUAGAGAUCCGGGCAACAACGACACUAGGCCCGCUGGCCCUCCCCCUCCUGCUGCGGCGAUACCCCAGCAGCGCAAAGACAAGGAGGUCAUGUGCUUCACAACGCGCCCAGUCGAAACGUUCGAAGUCCUCAACGACUUGGUGGUCGAUCGCGGGCCAAGUCCCUACGUCAGCCUACUGGAGGUCUUUGGUGCGUGGUGCGCAUGCGCCUGCUUUGCCCCGCGAUACACGUAGCUCACCUUGCCUGCCCCUCGCAGGCAAUGAGCAUCACAUGACCACCGCACAAGCAGACGGGUUGUGCAUCUCCACGCCCACCGGCUCGACGGCGUACUCUGUGAGUAGGCGCCUGGGGCGCAUCCCUCCUCGAUGAUGCUGAUCCAUCGCUGCCUUGCAGCUUUCCGCUGGAGGAUCGUUGGUGCACCCAGAAAUCCCUUCGAUAUUGAUCACGCCAAUCUGCCCUCACACGCUCUCAUUUCGGCCCAUGCUGCUCCCAGAUAGCAUGGAGCUGCGCAUCGCGGUGCCAUACAAUUCGCGCAGCACAGCUUGGGCAAGCUUUGAUGGCAGAGGUCGAGUCGAGCUUAAACGUGAGUCGUGGAGCGCCUGCUGGCAUGCGUAGGCCGCUGCUGACUUGGCGUGCGAACCACGUAGAGGGUGAUCACAUCAAAGUCACCGCUUCGCGGUAUCCAUUCCCAACGGUCUGCGCCGAGAACCAAUCCAUCGACUGGUUCAAUUCCAUUUCUCGUACGCUCAAGUGGAACGAGAGGCAAAGACAAAAGUCGUUUGUGGUGGUGGAAGAGGGCGCUGAGAAGAGCUCGUCAUCAGAGCCGAAAGAAGGUCAGCGAAGCGCAAAGAGCCAAUCUAGUAUGCAAGGAGCGGGACACGAGACAGAUGACAAUGAAGACGAUGCAGAAGCAGAAGCCGAGACCGAGGCAUUCGACAUUGACGAUACCGAUACAGCUGCGCCGACGCGAACAGCUAGCCCUGACCCGGAUCCUCCCCGGUCAGCGGCAUCGCUGAAUCAAUUUGUAAGGCGCAACUCUGUGCGCUCGAGGACGAGCAGCGGUCAUCACCACCAUCAUCACCCCAACGGCCGCACAAUCAGAUCAGCGCCCACAAGCAAUCGAGCUUCAUCCGAGCAUCUGAACAGAUCUGGCAUGGCUCCACUAACACGCGGAGACAAGCAAACGACGAGCGAAUCCUCUCCUUCCGAUACCAGCAGCAGUCCCUCCGCACCCCACCAGGCCGGCCUUGAGAAAUUCGAGCGCGAUCAGAAAUUGCUCAGCAGUCCGGAUCGCUUCGGCUUAGCGGGACCGCCCAUGCCUCCGCGCAGCAUCAGCGAGCGUCACUUGGCCAGCGCCGACUUUAGGCUGGACGACCCUUCGCCACGUCCGAGCGAAGCACCACUGUCCCUAUCUUCUCAAGAUUCCACUGGACUUCCUCGGCAAGCUGCAGAACUGCAGGCACAGACUCGCAGGUUGAGCGGCGAAGCGCAAGCACAGACGCGAGGUCAAAGCAGCGAAGGAGCAAAUACGGCAUCGCAUGCCGGCACGGAGACGACAUCAUCCAUUGCUGCCCGGCGCUCGUCCUCGCAGCGCAAACAAUCUCGCCGCCAGAAAAAGGUGGCGUCAGUCGAUCCCAACGGACGUAGAUCGAGCGGUGCGGGUGCCGCUCUGAUCGUGUAUGGACAAGACGAGUCUGACUCGGGUGAUCUGACCGAAUGA